GUUGGAGACGGGUCGUGACCAUGUCUUGCCCAUUGACUAUUACUUCCCACCUCAGAAGACUUGCCUGAUCUGUGGAGAUGAAGCGUCUGGGUGCCACUAUGGAGCCCUCACUUGUGGCAGCUGCAAAGUCUUCUUCAAGCGGGCGGCUGAAGGCAAACAGAAAUACCUCUGUGCCAGCCGGAACGACUGCACCAUCGACAAGUUCAGGAGGAAAAACUGCCCGUCGUGCCGCCUGCGCAAGUGCUACGAGGCCGGGAUGACCCUCGGAGCCCGCAAGCUGAAAAAGCUGGGAAACCUGAAGACACAAGAUGAUGUGGACGCAGCCAGCUCGUCCAGCCCCACGGAGGAGCAGCCUCCCAGGAUGGUGAUGACACGCAUCGAUGGGUACGAGUGCCAGCCCAUCUUCCUCAACGUCCUGGAGGCCAUCGAGCCCGGCGUGGUGUGUGCUGGCCAUGACAACAGCCAGCCCGACUCCUUCUCCAACCUGCUCACCAGCCUCAACGAGCUUGGGGAGAGGCAGCUGGUCUACGUGGUCAAAUGGGCAAAGGCCUUGCCAGGAUUUCGCAACCUACAUGUGGAUGACCAGAUGUCCAUAAUCCAGUACUCUUGGAUGGGCCUCAUGGUUUUUGCUAUGGGUUGGAGAUCUUUCACCAACGUCAAUUCCAGGAUGCUCUACUUCGCCCCAGACUUGGUCUUCAAUGAGUACCGCAUGCACAAGUCCCGCAUGUACAGCCAGUGCGUCCGGAUGCGGCACCUCUCUCAGGAGUUCGGGUGGCUUCAGAUCACGCCCCAGGAGUUCCUCUGCAUGAAGGCUCUACUCUUCUUCAGUAUUAUUCCAGUGGAUGGCCUGAAGAACCAGAAGCUCUUUGAUGAACUUCGGAUGAAUUACAUUAAGGAACUCGACCGUAUCAUCGCAUGCAAGAGGAAGAACCCUACCUCCUGCUCUCGGCGAUUUUACCAGCUCACCAAGGUCCUGGACUCCGUGCACCCUAUUGCCAAGGAUUUGCAUCAGUUUACAUUUGACCUUUUAAUUAAGGCGCACAUGGUGAGCGUGGACUACCCCGAAAUGAUGGCCGAGAUCAUCUCCGUGCAGGUUCCCAAGAUCCUGUCUGGAAAGGUCAAGCCCAUCUACUUCCACGCGCAGUGAUCUUCCGGAGGGACCUCCCUGUUCUGCCACCCCCAUUCCAGCCAUCUCCUGCCUCUUUCUUCUGCACUAC